AUGAACAAGGGUCCAAAGCUAGUUGUGGACCUUAGGGAAUCGUCUAAAAAUAGGUGUCAUUAUCUCGAGGUUUGCUGCCAUCCCGAUGAUAAGCUAAAGCCAUUGGAUGCCGCGAUUCAUAUGGAGCACAAUCAGUGCGGGAUUAGCAAUGUCGGUGGCGUUUUUAUGACCCUGACAGGUGGUCGCCUGGAGACGAGCUUCGCCGAGUUUGCCUGGACCGCGGCCAUUCUCGAUGCCGGACACAACUUCCUUUGCAAUGGAGUCCUGAUAUCGCGAAAAGUGGUUAUGACCACCGCCACCUGUUUGACGACUGAGGAGCCACUUAUUGUGAGGGCCGGAGACUGGGAUCUAGUCACAGAUCGUGAGGCAGUGCAGCACGAAAACCGCACGGUCAAAGAUCGUGUCGUACAUCAGCAGUUCCGUUGGGACUCGACCCAGUACAAUAUCGCCCUGCUCAUCCUGACCGAGGAGUUUCCACGGCUUCAGCAUAUCGUACCCGUGUGCCUGGCCCCAAUGACCCCAGUCGAUCUGGACAAGGAAAGCUGCUUUGUUUGCGGCUGGAACCACAGGAUUGUCAGUAAAACCCCCUCGGCCCGCAACAUCGUCCUCAAAAUGGAAAUGGAUAUCGACAAGAGCUCUUGGUCGAACAAUUCUAGAUCCACAAUAUUGGAGGGCACUCCGCGCUCCGAACAGCCCGUUUAUGCCAAGGGAGCACCGCUUGUUUGUCCCACGGAGAGCAGCAGAUACUACCUUGUGGGAAUUUGGAGCACCAGCCUCAAUGGAGGCACUCAGUUCACCGACGUCAGGCAAUUUAGACUGUGGAUCAACCGGGAACUGCGCCCUUUCAAUAUUUUCUUGUAG